AUCCAACAGGUCAGCAAUACAAAUGGAAAUAAAUUCCGGUUGUAAGUGUAAAUAGCAAGUUCUCUUGUUGAGUGAAAUACCCGGGUAACAGUGUAAUAUGGUGGAAUCGUCGUAUAGCACAUUACAUCUCAUAGUUGAACAUAUUCACGACGCCAAGACUAAUGCAAUGUAAUGCAUCUAUUAUGUCAAAUCGACAAGACGAGGACCAAAGCAACAGACUGAACUCUGUUGGGAUGGGUUGAGAAAGGCCGAGGAGAGAGAUUGACGACGCCCAGCCAGCUCUACAUACAUAGGUGCACAUUUGACAGCAUCUCAGCACAGUGAUUGCCAUACUUUCUCCUCAGUAGUUGAAAUAAACCUCGGGUUCCUUUCCGACAGUACGAUGCCGUCCUCAGGACCACAGGUUUACAAGUGGAGAACGGCGUCCAAAAUCAUUGCGAUUGUGGAUUUGGUUUUAUCUAUUCUCACCAUAUGUCUGUUGGCACUUGCAUUAAUUUUUGUCCUCUUUGGAGCCAAAUUAGCUAUCGACGAAUUUAAUGAAGAUGAACGAUUUGACGACCACCGGUCACAAGCUGCUGGAGCUUUUAUGAUUGUGUCCGCCGUCGUGUUUGGAAUUGCGAUUCUGCUCGUUGUAAUUGACGUAGUGGCAGCGUCGAGACUCUUGGCUGCGACGAAGGAGGGAGUUUCGCCCUCUGAAGCCUUGAGCAAAGCAAAAUGCUGGAGAAUUCUGAAUAUCAUUUUCCUAGUUUUUUGUGUCCUGGGAAUAUUUGGGGGAGGCACCCCCUCUCAAAAGGGAGGAUCCAUGGUCAACGCGAUCCUCCGAGGUGUGGGUGUGGUCAUCGUGACCCUCUUCAUGAAAGAGUUAGAGUCUGCUGCAACCACACCCCAAGUUUACUACGAACCUGGACAGGCAUAAGAAGUUAAACCCGAGUUAAUUUCGGUAAUCCCAGGGUGCAAUGAUGCCGCGUUGGAUAGUUUGCAUGGUUCUUGAGCUCCAACUAACCUAAAAAUCUGUAUCCGUAUUUAUCACAAUAUCUCUUGUCAAGUCUUCAUUGAAAUAACAAAUCGCAGCGUAAAAAUCCUUGUUCAUUACAUUAAUUAAGAUUCUGCUGACGAUUAUAUCAAGACAUGACUGAUGACAGGACGAUAUACACUUGAACGCUUUGCUGCCACAUAUACGCUUCAUGUAAUUGAGAUUAUGCAUACAUAUAAUUUACUUUUUUGUGGGUUUGUGUAUUUAAAUAAACAAGCUCACUUUAAUGCGUUUAUUUUACCUAAUUAUCUAUAUAAUUUAAGUUAAAAGUUUUACCGGAAAGUGUCAGUCAAGCCUAUCGUUCAUUCAUGCUCUAUGAAAUGGUAACUUUUCCUAUACACCAAUAGUACUCAUUCUCAGAUACAAUCGCCAAGAAAUAGACACAAAUGUGUUUAUUUUAUCCAGGAAUAUAAUUAUAUUCCUGGAUACAUAUUAUAAACUUUUGAACGUCUUUCUGAAUCACUGCCUUGUACUUAAGCCAAUUCCACAGAUGACGUGAAAAUCUGUCCACUCAUCUAAUGCAUGGGAAUGUUGCAUGCUAUUUUUGCUGUGUCCACUGUUGAAAAGUUUCAAUUCAAAUUACAGGUUUUAUGUAAAUACUUAUCUUUAUGCGUUUAUGUACGCUUACAACAUUUAAAUGAAUAAAAUAUUUAUAUUCGUCCUUUUCUUCAGUUUCA